AUGCAAGAGAUUGUAAAGCUUGAGGCUCUUUUCCGCUCUUGUGAGGGCAGCCAGCAAGUGGCCAACCUCCUUCAAAAGAUCAAGAAGGUUACUUCUGAAUUCGAAGGCAAAACUGGGCACCCUUCGAUUAACUUUCAAGCCCCAGAAAAAAUUAAAUAUCCUGGCAGAAGAAAGGGUGGUGCACGUCCCAAAUACCUUCCCAAAGACUUUGGUCGGGCAAACUGGAGGAAGAUCAGUGUUUCGUCUGGUCAUGCUGGCCUUAAGGCAAUGGUUAGACUGAGAGCUAAAAUGAGGGAGGGAAAGCCUGCAGCUACACAAAAAACAAAAAACAAAAAACAAAACAAAAACAAACAAGAGCCUCUCGACCCAGUCGAUGCUACCAAAAACAAAAUAAAACAAGUAAAGCAAGAGCCUCUUGACCCUGUCGAUGCCCCCCAAAAAAAUGGGUUCAAAAGACCCGCCACCGCCCUAGAAGAUUACCAGUAUGAUAAUUGCAUCUCUGUUGGCAAGAGGAUAGUCAAUGAUGUCAAGGGUGGGUUUAGCCCUACUGCUGACGGGUGGUGUGGUUUUCAGGUCCUUGCCCACUUGAUCUACAAAGAUCAAAAUAAGUUUCCACUUGUAAAAAGGGAUAUGCUAGCUGCCCUGCCGAAAUACAAAACAUUGUACACAAACACCUUUGGCACUGACACAAGCCAACUAGGAAAAAUCAUUCAAUAUGACUCUCAACUCGAUUAUAGCAACACCAACACCAACACCAACACCAACUUCAUCCCAGUAUGUUCAGAUGCCAGUAUGUGGUUUAACACACCCGACUGUGCUCAACUAGCUGCGGACACAUAUACACGACCAGUCUGCGUCUACUCAGACAACCCCAACACCCCCUCAACAACCUUUCUCCCAUUAGCCCUUCCCAACAACAAAACCAAACAACAACAACCUCUGAUUUUUAAUUAUGUUAACAGUAAUCACUGGACAACAGUUGACCUUUCCCAUAAUAUCUCUAGAAAAUUGCCAACUGUUCCUGAAUUAUUUUUUUAG